AUGUCGCUUUAUGGUAACAAAAGGUAUUUUUUUGGUCAUAAAAUUUCUUCUAGGGGAAUCGAGGUUGACAGGGCCAAAUUGGAAGUCAUUGAAAAACUUCAGCCACCAACCAAUGUGAAGGGAAUCAGAAGCUUUUUGGGUCAUCCUGAUAAUCUUCUGAGGUGUUGUGUUACUAAGGAAGAAGUGGAAGGAAUUUUAUGGCACUAUCAUGACUCUCCUUAUGGGGGGAAUUUUAGUGGAGAGAGAACAACUGCAAAAGUGCUCAAAUCAGGAUUUUAUUGGCCUACUCUGUUUAAAAAUGCUCAUAAUCAUGCCAUAAACUGUGAUAAGGGUCAAAGGACCGGUACUAUCUCCAAACAUCAUGAAAUGCUGCUACAAGGCAUAUUAGAGGUUGAAGUUUUUGAUUGUUGGAGCAUAGAUUUUGUUGGACCUUUUCCACCAUCUUUCAAUAAUGAAUACAUACUGGUGGUAAUGAGUUAUGUUAGUAAAUGGGUGGAAGCUGUGGCUUUUCCCAAGAAUGAUUCUAGCACUGUUAUUAAAUUUCUGAAAAGGAAAAUUUUCUCACGGUUUGGAACGCCCAGAGUAUUCAUUAGUGAUGGAGGAUCUCAUUUUUGCAAUUCCCAACUUGCAAAGAUACUCAAGCACUAUGGUGUGAGACAUAAGUAG